UGGAAAAGUGGGCGAUUUCAAUACGAUGGCAAAAGUUGCACGCAGCAUCAUUGGCCCGAGUGUAUGUGCCUCUCUUUCCUUGUACAGCGCGUUCCCACAAAGUAGUUUUCUGCUGCGAUGCGAUUUUCAUUUGCCUCUCUUGCGCUACGUUUCGCUUUUCCUUUCCAACCCAUCUCGGCGUCGCGUUCCUACGACCUACCAUUAGCCUCCAGUCCUUUCCCUUUCCUUUGGCCUCCGCAUAUGCCGGACGAAACAUGUUCACCUGCCGGUUGAAAACAAGCCACUCAAGCAGCAGGCCUUUCAGACGGCCCCUGCCGACGUAAAUUGUGGGUCUGAGAGCAGCAUAAAGUUUGAUACAUUCGCCCGGGCACAAACACUCGCAUGCGAUCGCUUGGCAAAUGUUACUUUCAUAACAACCGCUCGCGAACCCCACCCCUGGAGCUGGAUCGCAACGGAGUGCAACGACAUCUGGUGGUGGUGGUAGUUUCUUCGAUCGCCUUUUGGAGCAGCACGAGGUGGGGACGUUUAGACACACACGCGCUGUAGGUUGAUUCGCUCCAAAUUUGAGCCCAAUUUAAUCAGUUUCAUAUUAGUGCUUCAGCCGAACGGUUUGCGUCGACGGCAGUGUGUGCCUCCGAAAAAAAAAAAACAAACCUCCCGACGUCUUGAACCAAUUCGGGAGCAGUAGUGUCACUACACGUUCGUUCCGUUCGUUCGUUUUGCAGAAUCUAUCCAGCCGGAUAACGACGGCGACAAGAUGCUAAAGUUCGCUGCCAUUGCCACCGUUGGGCUGCUGUUCUGUGCCGUACAGUGCGUCAAAGUGGACUACUACGGCUCGCUGUACAACCCCAAGGACGAGCUGCAUGCGCCGUACCACGAGAAGGAAGACAAGCAGGACUUUAGCAAAAUUCCCGGCGUGCCCGGCGUGGACUAUCCGAUCUACCAUGAAGUGCCGCACACCAGCUUCCACUGUGGCAACGUGCCGGCCAUCCCCGGCAUGUACGCGAACGUCGAAACCGGCUGCCAGGCCUACCACACCUGUCACGAUGGGCGCGAGGGCCACCAGGGUGCGUCCUUCCUCUGCACCAACGGCACGCUGUUCAAUCAGAAGGAAUUCGCCUGCGACUGGUGGUACAAUGUCAAGUGCGAGGAAGCGCCCAGCUACUACAGUCUGAAUGCCGACCCCGAGCACAACCCCUUCACGCCCAAGCGCAAACCGGAGGACGAGCAUCAGCAUCAGAAAUUCCUCAUCCACGUCUAGAAGCGGCCUGCGUUUGGACGCUUCCCGCUUCGUGUCGUUGAGAUUUACACAUGUUCCACCAUCUAUCCACCAUUUGCUGUUACUGUUGUAAAUAUUUUUUUCGGAAAUAUAUAUGAACCAUUUUUUAUUCCCCCUUUUCA